AUGGCCUUCUUGCGAUUAUUCAUGCGGCGGCAGUUGCCCAUGACCGCGUCACAGUUGUCUCGCGUUGUUUUGAGGCUUUCGCGGUCUCCCGGUGGCGGGCUGCCAGACACUACACGGCGGCAACUCACCGAGAAGGGACCGUGGGGGAAGAACCGGUUACAGGAGCCACCACAGCAGUACCAGCUAUCAGACCUUGAUAAGGCAGACGCAUCGAUGCUGAGGAAGUCUCACGAAACAGGUUUCCUCUCAUGGUUCCGAAAUGGUCUGCUGGCGACCGGAAUCGGUGUCAUCGCCUUCGUACAGAGUGAAGUGGGACGAGAGGCAGCAUAUGCCUUCUUCAUCCUGGGUGGUGCGUGCGUGUCCUUCGGUGCUGCCUCCUACGUGGGCAGCCUCUUGUCGCUACGGAAGCUGAUGCUGCUUUCUGUGCCCGCCGUGCUCAUCCAGGGAGCCGUGGUAGGCAGUGUGGCUCUCUUCUGGCUGUGCGCCGUAUCGCUCUACAUAGGCCGCUUAGAGGUGGAAAUCAUCCACGAGGACGAUGAGGAGGGAGAAGAGUGCCAGGAGUGCCGCGAUAGGCGUGAGCACAGAGGCUACCGAGGCCCUCCGCAUGAUAGGAGGCACCACGACGACGGAGAUGGCAAGGGGAUCGACAAGUAG